AAAGCGAUCGAUGGCGAUAAGGAAUGACGGAGGGAUCGCAAUGAGGAGCGUCGUCGCCGUGGGGUGGUGGUUUGUCGAUUAUGAUACGGCUGGCUGGCGGGCGGAAUAGACAGAUCACCGAGGUGACUGGAGAACAGAAGAAAUGGGAUUAUACAGAUGGCUGAUUAAGCACCUAGGCUCAUGGGGGAGAGGGCGAAAUACAGCGGCAGCAGCAGCAUCAACGGAGGGAGGGGGAGAGAGAUGGAAGAGGGUGCAGGGUGCGCGGGUGCAGAGGAAACUUGUGAGAGGUGGUGGUGGUGGUGGAAGAUGAGCGAGCAGCGAGCACCCAAGCACUGGCCAGGCCCCAGGGACACGCUAGGACGGCGAAUCAGUGUGUGCAGCCAGGGCAAAGAGGUUACAGAUUACGGGCAGAGCAUCUGCGACAUGUACAACAAGCUGGUGUGGUUUAAUCUUCUCCUUGUUCUGUUCAAGGUGCCCUGUAGCCAUGGUGUGAUGCUUCUCCCACGGCACUACACUGCCAAAGUGCGAUUGCUUUGUAUACCGCACUCAGGGGCUCUCCCGUUUGCCUCAUGCGAGCGUCGCCCUGAGUGGCUGUCGUUGGCAAAGGGCAGCGAAUGCCCGCACUUUUUGAAACACAGAGGCGCGUCGACAAAGUCCGUCACAUCCAGCCCAGAAUCUGACGUGGACACUCUCUUCAGCUCUGUCCUGUACUGUCCUGUAUCACGGCCUGAUUGGCUUGUUGCUGCUAAACUCGGCUUCUGGUGCAGUCGGCCCUCCUGCACAGAGAGAUGCAUGGGCACGCUCCUCUCGUUUUAUUACUCUUGCGAACCAAGAUCAAACAUUCUUUUCCAGCAGUCCCCUAGUACGUACUACCAACCAAAGAGUGUGCCGACUAUAUAUACCCCAGGAGCAAGGGCGCUCUCCACUGUGCGCUGCAUGGACACUGUCUCCCAAAAGGAGACGACUGCAGGCAGAGAUGAUGGGCAUAUGCUUGAUGCCAUUACGCCGGUUGUCUGAUGUGAAGACUAGAUAGGGACUAGCUGUCCGUGCCGUCUGCCUGUCGUCGCUGGCCUCGAAGAUGUUGAUCAUGGUUAAUAACUCGCGCUACG